UUUUCCAUUUGUCUACGUUAUUCUCUUGACUAAGUCAGCAGGUGAACUUCACGUGAGAUGACACGGCAUGAGAAUCCAACAGGUGCAACAGGUACACUCAGGAUCAUUCUUGUCUAACGUUUUGCCUUGGAGACGAUUCUUAUCGUUCGUCAUACUGUAAGUCCGCCUAGAAAGAAGAGAGCCGUGUCUGUCAGCAUUGGGUUUUCCAGUUACGCAUACGCAAGAGCGUGUUCGGGUUGCUGCACUGAAAAUCGCACGGAAUUUAACAAGGGUCAGACCAGUGACUGGGAACCCAAUGCAUACUAACAAUGUUAAGGAUAAUAUUGCAAGAGUGCUGCUAAUAUUCAGAUAUCUUGGUGUUCUGAUGUGUGCGUAUUAAAAUGUUUUUUUUUUUUUCACUAUAUCGAGCGGCAAACCCAUGUAAAUGGUGGGGUGACAAUUCUGCAACUUGGGAAGACGAUCAGUAAUGUCUUCUGUUAAUAAACCGGGAUUGCUGCCUUGACCACGAUGGGAACCUGUGAACCUGAGCAGAACGCAAGCUGGAACUUAACUCCUGGUUACUCUACAGCAGACGGAAGCGAGAACGCUACUGCGCUCUCAGGAUACAUUUUGGUGAUCCUGACUAUCUUAAUGGUAACACUUAUAGUUAUAGUGGUGGGUGGCAAUGCGCUCGUUAUACUGGCUUUUAUCGUGGAUAAGAGUCUCAGAAAUCAAAGCAAUUACUUCUUUUUGAACCUGGCCAUCUCUGAUUUCCUUGUUGGGGUGUUCUGCAUUCCCAUCUACAUCCCGUAUAUCCUCACCGGACACUGGAUGCUGGGCCGUGGCCUGUGCAAGCUGUGGUUGGUGGUAGAUUAUCUCCUCUGCACAGCCUCCGUCUUCAACAUCGUCCUCAUCAGCUAUGAUCGCUUCCUGUCUGUCACACGCGCGGUACGAUAUAGAGCCCAGCAGGGCAUGACCAAUCAGGCGGUGGGGAAGAUGCUGAUGGUUUGGGUGCUGGCCUUCCUCCUCUAUGGCCCUGCCAUCAUAUUUUGGGAGCAGGUGGCGGGCAAGAGUAUCGUUCCGGAGGACCAGUGCUUCGCUGAGUUCUACUGCACCUGGUACUUCCUGCUCAGUGCGUCCACCUUCGAGUUCUUCUCGCCGCUGGUGUCAGUGGCCUUCUUCAACUUCAGCAUCUACCUGAACAUCCACCGCAGGGAGAAGAUCAGGGGCAGGGUCGGCCACAAGGGGAGGGGGGAGCUGGCCGAGGAGCGAUGGAGGGACUCCACCGGAGGUGCGUCGGCUGUGUUCUUCAUCAAAACACGCAAAGUGUCGUCCAGCGAGCCGGCGGCCGUGUCUGCGGUGAUCGAGGAGGACGAGGAGUUGUCGCCAUCGUCCAGUGGCGAGCCCAGCAGCAACCAAUCGGUGAGCUUCUCCAUGAGGAAGACAAAAGGCAGGAGGAAGAUCACCGGAGGCUGGACUCGGUCCUGCUCGGGCGCCGCGCCGAGCCACUCGUCCUCGUCCAACGCCCCCUGCAGAGACGGGGGGCAUUCGAGGCUGUCGCGCGACAAAAAGAUCGCCAAGUCACUGGCGGUGAUCGUGUGUGUCUUUGCCUUGUGCUGGGCACCCUACACACUGCUCAUGAUCAUCCGUGCGGCCUGCAGUGGGACGUGCGUGGAGCACCACUGGUACGAGGUGACCUUCUGGCUCCUGUGGCUCAACUCAGCCAUCAAUCCCUUCCUAUACCCUCUGUGCCACAGCAGUUUUCGCAGGGCCUUCGCCAAGAUACUCUGCCCCAAGCGCCAGUCCGUUCAGCCACACGCGAUUAUCCAUUCCAGCCAGUGA